CCACUCACCACACAUCUCUCCCACACACACAUUCACAAUGGGUUUCACUGAUCUCGCUUCCGACGCCGGCCUCACCGUUGCCAACAACUACUUGGCUACCAGGAGCUACAUUGUUGGCGACGCUCCUUCCCAGGCCGAUGUCGUAACCUUCAAGGCCUUCUCCGGCGCCCCUGACGCCGAGAAGUACCCCCACGUUGCUCGCUGGUACAAGCACAUUGCCUCCCACGAGGCUGAGCACGCCACUCUCCCUGGCGAUGCCUCCAAGCCCUACACCUCCUACGGCCCCGAGUCCACUGAGCUGCCUACCAACCCCAAGGCUGCUGAGGACGACGAUGACAUGGACCUCUUCGGCUCCGACGAGGAGGAGGAGGACCCCGAGGCCGUCAAGGAGCGUGAGGCUCGUCUUGCUGAGUACAAGAAGAAGAAGGAGGCCAAGCCCAAGCCCGUUGCCAAGUCCAUCGUGACUCUUGAGGUUAAGCCUUGGGAUGAUGAGACCGACCUCCAGCAGAUGGAGGCCAACGUCCGUGCCAUUGAGAAGGACGGUCUCGUCUGGGGUGCCGGCAAGUUCGUCACCGUUGGUUUCGGUAUCAAGAAGCUCCAGAUCAACCUUGUCGUUGAGGACGAGAAGAUCUCUCUUGAUGAGCUCCAGCAGCAGAUCGAGGAGGACGAGGACCACGUCCAGUCCACCGAUGUUGCCGCUAUGCAGAAGCUGUAAAUGGAAUGUUGUUUAAUGAAGAGCCAUGUGAUGAUGGAUUAUUUGAUGUUAUCCCACGGA